UAUAAGAAAGGGUCGAAUUCCCUUCUUCCAUCCAUUUCGUACUCCUAGUUUGUUGAUGAAGUGUUGAGGAUUGAGGAUCGGUCAAAAUGCCGGGUUUCAAAGAGAAACUUACGUUCCAGAUCCAGGAAGACGAAGAAGAUGACAAGAUUAAUCUUUCGUUGAAUCAGGUCAUCAUGAUUGGUGCCCUGGUGGCCGCCCUAGUCAUUGGGGUCGGUCUCCUCUGCUUCUACAUUCCCGACAGAAGCUGUGGGCAGGAUGACAUCAUCGGCGUUCCUACCUCCGAUCCUCAAAAGGGAAAAACAACCCCUAGAGCUACGACAGAGGGCAGCGAGUCUACUACACCAACAGCCUUCGUUCCUUCCUCCGAUCCUCAGAAUGUAAAAACAACCCCUAGAGCUACGACAGAGGGCAGCGAGUCUACUACAUCAACAGCUAGCCCGUCUGGACCAUGGCCUGGUCGACUAACAACUGCCGUGAUGCCAGAGUCGUACGAGCUCUUCCUCAAACCCUACAUCUACGACGACGACGUGCCUUCAGGAAAAGCAAAAUUCACUUUCGACGGAAUCGUCACUAUCCGUGUCCGAUGCAACAACGCUACCAAUCGCAUCACUCUGCAUGCUGUGGAUAUCACCAUCCAUACCAUCAAGGUCUUCAUGGUGGGCGAUACAGUCGAUAUGUAUGAGAGUGAUUUGGAAGAAAAAGAGUACGAAUUCCUCCACAUUGAGCUCAAUGACGAACUCGUCGUCGAUGGGGUAUAUGACAUCGAAAUCGAUUAUCUCGGUCAGCUGAAUGCUGGACUGUCAGGAUUCUACCGCACUAGUUAUUUGACCGAAGAUGGGACAAUUGUGUAA